ACUACCGCGUUAGUAGUUGUCUAUAAUGAGAUGGUUUUCUAAAAGUUCUGGUUCACAACGCGCUUUAGUAGAGAAUAAGCUGAAAAUAAAGAAAAAACCAUUACUAUGGUCGCUAUUAUGCGCAACGAAGCGGUCAAGUUUAACUUUUAAGCGUCCCUUUCGAGAAAAUAUAGAUACUCAAAAGUCAAGGUGGGUUCAGCAACGUCGAAACUCAAGAAUAUCUAAUAACUUUGACACUAAUCUCUGUUCGUCUCUUGAGUCUCUAUCAAGUGAAUCGGGAAAUUAUAUAAAAACUUUUAAACGGGAUGAUCCAAUCGCUCCGACUUUAAAACAAUGUUCUAAUGAAUUACCUAUAGCUUAUUGUCCAAAUUGUCACACAAAUGUAGUUCCAGUAUAUCAAAAGGUUAUUUAUUCAAAUCAUGCGAUUAUGGAUAAUAAGGUUUCAGAAAGUGAAAUGGUUGAAAUAUCUAACGAAUAUACUGUCUACGAAUCUGUUUAUAAAAAUAGUUUACUUUCUAUUGAUACUAAUAUGGAUUGUGAGUUAACUGAGCGCAAAGAACUUCAACCAGUUGACAAGGUACAAUUACCUUUGUAUUUCUUGCCAAUAGAACCGUUAGCCUUCAGUACUAUCGAUCGUAAAGCUAUUGCCUUCGAUGACUGUAAAACAGAGUACGACGAAGUUGCUUCCGAAAAUGAGGAAGACUCAUCUUCAGGGCACUAUGAUUCAUUACACUUUGUAAUGAUAAAACAAAACACCCGACCUUAUCGUAAGCGUAGCGCUUAUCCUGAAUCAGAUUCAUAUCAACAAAUGAAACGGAUGAGACGAGAGGUGUUCGUUUGUGAAGAAUAAAUGUAAUCUUGUCAAAGUAAAAUUACAUAUUUUAUAAUAAUUGGUGGCAGCAUUUAUGUUUAAAAACACCUUCGGCAUUUUCUAACUUUCCUCGUCAAAAAUCACUAAGUUUUUGCUAUUUCGGUGUUUGUUAUUGUCAUUUUUAUAUAAUUGGCAUUGUUUUCUAAGUAUUAAUAACAUUCCGAUUUUAUAUACUA